AUGGAGAAUAGAUAUAGAGAAUUGAAAUGCAGAGAAAAAUCAACCCAGACUGACUUGCCGCAUAAGAUUGAUAGGGACUGCCACUACGACGCAGACCACAUGGACUAUGACAUCAUUGUGAAACAAGAACCUGUAGAAAAAGAUGUAGAAUUAAAUAUCAAAGAAGAAAUAGAUAGAAAAACAAAGAAAAGGGAACAAAAAGAUAGUGACUCAGAAAAGGAGAGUAAGAAAUUCAAAUGUGAUAUUUGCAAAAUUGGUUUCAAAUGUAAAAGACCUUUGGUGAAACAUUUUAAUGGCAAAAGCCACAUUCUGGAGCAUAAAAAGGUUCACAACAGUUUAUUUAAUUGUGAUAUUUGCAGAAAUGACUAUAGCUUAGAAUGUCAAAUUUCUAGACAUCUAUGUGCAGCUAUAGGCAAGUGUUACAAUUGUCCCUGGUGUGACUACCAAUUUUAUGCACAAAGACAAUUGCUAGAGCACCAAAAAGUACAUAGCAAAGAUAAAGUUUUAAUGUGCAAAUGUUGCAAUAUAAGAUUUGAUGAAGAAUCUUUAUUAAUCGAACAUCAACAAAAACAUUUGAUCUGCGAAAUUUGUCAAAGACAAUUCCAUAAAAAGUCACAUUUAGUCAGACAUAUGUACAUGCACAGUACAAAUAAACCUUUUUGCUGUGACAAUUGUGACAAAAAGUUUGCUACUUAUUCAAUAUUGAAACGUCACAUGUUAUGUCACAGUGAUAUGAAGCCGUUUUCAUGUGAGAUUUGUAACAAAAGUUUUACAAGAAAAUCUACAUGUGAGUCUCAUAAAGAAACCCAUAAUACAACAGUUAAGAUUGCCUCUAAGCCAUAUUUAUGUCUUUAUUGUGACAGAAGAUUUGGAAAGAAAUCUGACUUGGAAAGACAUAAAUUUACCCACAGUACAGAGAAACCAUGCGCCUGUCACAUCUGUGGGCGUCAAUUCACUUCACAUUCUUAUUUAAAACGUCAUAUUUUAAAUCACAGUGAUGUUAAACCAUUCCCAUGCGAUUUAUGUGACAAGCAAUUUGUGUCAAGUACGAUACUGAAAAGACAUUUACUGUCACAUAGUUCUGACAAACCUUAUGCGUGUGAAAUUUGUCACAAGAAUUUCAAAAGAAAAUGGAAUUACAUGUCACACAAGUUAAUUCAUAAUGAAGUAAAACCGUAUUUAUGUGACGUUUGUAACAGCCAAUUUACUCAGCGCCAUCAUUUGAUAACACAUUUAAGAAUACACACAGGCGACAAGCCGUUUGCUUGUGACAUUUGUAACAAACGAUUUGGACAGAAAGGGAGCGUAUUAAAACAUAAAAGGAUACAUACUGGAGUAAAACCAUACUCUUGUACAAUUUGUGGUAAAUCGUUCACAGAAAAAAGUACACUAACACAUCAUCAUUUAACACAUUCUGGUGAGAAAAGAUUUGCGUGUGACGUUUGCCCUAAGCAGUUUGGCUUGAAAACAAGCUUGAUAAUUCACCGAAGGACACACACUGGCGAGAAGCCUUUUUCGUGUGAUGUUUGCAACAGACCGUUUGCUGAAAGAUCCUCGUUGAGGAAACAUAAGAUGAAUUUACACAAAUGUUGAAUAGGUAAUAUGGUCACCGAAUUGAAGUUGUCUGAUAAAUUUAAUAACUAUGCAUUGGAAAGCACAACCAUCUU